AAAUAUUGAGCUUAUGAAAUAAUAUUGAAAAUAAAUUUUUAUCAGUGUAACGCGCUCAUUUCUCUUGUCGGUACUGCUGUCAUUCAUCCGACGUCAAACAAAUCUACUACUGUGUUCAUUCAUAUUCAUUCUGUUGUAUCUGAGCUUUCUUUAAAGCUCGAGUCAUGUGACUUCAUUUUCUUUCAUUCAUUGCCAUCGAAUUGUCAGGAAUUUUGUGACCGUUCAUUCUCAAUAUCCUGACAAGUUUGUGAUUUUUUCAUUGAGACAGUGUUUAUUGAUUAUUUAGUGACAUAUUCUGUUAAUUUAUACCGUUAUUUCUGAAGUUACUCCGAAAUGGCAACCAAAAUCAGUGGUUCAAAUGGAAAUGCCAACAAGAGAGCGAGAUCUGCACGCACAUUUACAGAAAUCGCUAAAGACUACAUUGGCUUGGACGGGGAGGAAGCAUUUUGCAAAAUCGAUCCGACUAGCGAAUGCAAACUUCGUCAACCAAAGCUGGAUGUUGGCAAUUUCAUCCGCCAUUUCCGAUCGCAACACCCGGAAUUAUCUACCGAAUACGGUUUGCUGAAGGAGUUCGAUUCGUCUGCGAAGAAAGCUCGACUUAUCCCCAAGCGUCUGGUUCCAGUUGAUCAUCAACUAUUAGUUGAGUAUGUGAUCAAAAUGAUCGCUAACCGGAAUCUUCCCAUUUCGUUCGUCGAUUGGGAUGAAACAAAACUACUACUGGAUCGAUUGUCCGAGGCUGUUGGACCAGGAAUUUCAUUCAAUGGGAAGAUAGCUAAGAAUCAUCUGCAAGCAGCUGCGGGAAAAGUGAAAAGUGCGAUAGCUGACGAGAUGAAAAAUAAGCUUAUCUCGAUUAAGCUCGACUCCGCAAGUCGCCAUAACCGCCACGUAUUGUGCAUAAAUGCUCAAUAUUGCAUACGCGACGAGAUUGUCAUUCGGACGUUGGGUAAGAUUUAGUUUGAGUAGCUAUGUAAAACCGUUAAUGAAAAGCUUCAUAUUAUAGGUAUACUUGAAAUCAAAGAGAGACAGACUGCCAACUUACUGAAACAAAAAAUAAUGAAUACGUUGACAAGCUACGGAAUGACCCUCGACCAAGUAUUUUCAAUGGUAGUAGAUAACGGUGCUAAUAUGUUGGCAGCCGUCAGAAAACUGAAGGAGGAAUUGGUCAUGUUGUCUUUGCGAGAAGAUGAUGAUAGCGAAGAAAAUUUCGAGUCAAACGACACACUUACGGCCAGCCUGUGCGAGGUGUUCAGAGAGCGAUUAAAUCUCAUCAGGUGUGCGGCACACACGUUGCAGCUAGCUGUUUUGGACGUAGUAAAUAAAAGCAAUGACUCUAUUAAGGAAAUAACGGAAAUAGCGAAAAAAUGCAACAACGUCAAAUACACGACAAAUUUCGGUCAUCACAAUGCCACUUAUCCGCCAACUUGGUGCCAGACGCGGUGGGGCGGCAUUUAUGUAAUGAUAAGCAGUUUCCUGAAGCAGAAACAGUUUUUCGAACAGUUGGCUGAACAAUUUGCAGAACUAGAUCUCUCAAGCCACUGGGAGUUUAUUGAAAGUUAUGCAGAAGCAUUCAAGCCAGUGUACAUAUGCUCUAAAAAUCUGCAGGGUUCACACGUAUCGCUUUCAGAUUUUUAUAUAGCAUGGUUGAUUGCUAUAGGCGAAGUUCGUCGAUUUCAUAAAAAUCCGUUGGCUAUGAAACUCUAUGAAACUCUUCAGAGCAGGCUUUCCAAGCUACGACUGUCUCAAGCUUUCAGAAUGGCCCUGUACUUGGAUCCAAGACUGAAUUUUGUCAAUUCAGCUAUUUUCAACGGCAAAGAAAAGGAGCUUAUUCAGGGUUUCAUCACAGAAACUUGGAACCACAUAUGUCGACUCAAUAAUACUGACGAUAAUGCUGCCUCUUCAACUACUACGUCUUCAUCAUCUGAUGCCAUGGAUGCAAACGAUGGCUACAUCACCGAGCUUUUCGGGGGUUCAAUUGCUGCUGAAAUAGACACAAAUCAAUCAGCAUUCAAACUUCAGCUCAAAGCGCUGGAUAUCGAGCCUCGCCAGAAGCAUAACUUCGAUGUUUGGAAACAUUGGAUCAAAAGAAAGAGUUCGCAUCCUGAACUUUACGCAGUGGCCAAUGUUGUAUUUGCUACUCCUUCUAGUCAGGUAUCAGUGGAAAGGGCAUUUAGCGCACUCGCUCUGGUGCUCUCUAACCAGAGAACAUGCUUGAAGGAAGAGACUCUGGCCAAUAUUAUGAUCAUCAAACUGAAUAAAGACGCCUUCGAUCAGAUACUGCCAAUACUAUAUAAAUGGAAGGAUGUCGCCACCUCGGUGGCAACUGAGCCAUUGUAG